AUUUUCUUCUCCAUUACCUUUUUUAUCUUUCUCUUCGUGUUUCUUUUGAGUCUGGACUUGCAGGGAUGGAUCCAGAUACAGAGUCAAUGCUAGUGUCAACCUGUUUGGCACUAGGUGGAUUCGAAGAUGUGUCCACAGACAUGGAUGACGACCGGCAGGAGUAUGUCAUGGGCGACGAAUGUCUAGGAUGUCUCAAGGACAUUAAGAAAUUCAUCAAGUAUUAUGAUGAGCCAGGCGAUAACGUAGUCCUUACCUUCCUAGGAAAGAUGAAAAUACUUGAAAAAGAUCUGAUCCCUAUCAUACUUCUUAAUUCGCCUGCGGAGGAUAACCCUGUCAAGGAGCGACUUAUCCUCGCUUGCAUUGAGUUGAUUGUGCCUAUGACCUGGAUUAUUGAUUACAAAGAGUUACAGAAAAUGGUAGCGUCUGAAGAGGACAACAGUCUUGUGGGGAAUCUCCAUCAACGGCUUGAAUUAUUGCGUGAAUACAAAAAGGCAUUUUUGACACCAGGAGUUCUUCAGGCGGUGUUGUCAGUUAUGGUCAAACCUUUGGAAGUAUCGGAAAGGCUGAGGACUACAAGGGAUUUUGCAAUCAUUCGGCUAGGUCUGUCCUUGCUCCGUAAUCUAGUUGCGAUCCCAGAUGCUGAGAGUAAAACGUCAGGAACCAUGGAUCAAUAUAUCAGAUCUAUUAUGCAGGAAGAGCUGAUUACAAGAUUCGAGAAGGAGGGUAUCACCGCAUUGCUCAUCUUCCUUGCAUCUUCAGCAUCCAAUCCGAAGUAUUCGGACUUCAACGCCAUGACCUUGGAGAUCCUGUAUUAUAUGUUUAUUGGAAUUGAUCCCGAGGCCCUACUUUCUACUGCGUCGGAGCGGAAAGCUAAUGCACAAUUACUGGAGCUGCUAAAUAAAGAGGAGAAGGCAAAAAGUAUACAGUCAAGUGCUGGACGGAAACGACAUGAUCGCUUCGGUACAACUGCUGAGAUUCGUCUGCAGGACGGGUCAAGGGUAGUUUUGCAUUCAAAAGGUUCUCUUUUCAAGUCCUUUGAGUCACAAAUAGAUACCAGCAAAAAGGCAAAAACAAGGACUAAGCGCCAUAAGGAAUUUGAUGAGUAUAAGAAAUCUAUCAGAAGCACAGGAUUACGCCAAUUGCGAACCUUAGCAGAAACAUUACUAGGGAAUGGCUUUAAUGCACUGUUUGGCUCACUGCAUCGCGAUAUCGAGAUGAUGAGGGAGAAGAUAAAGGGCUAUCAUCGUCCUCAAUAUUAUUAUGUUAUGGCUUUUAUGCUCAAAUUUCAGCGUCUCUACCUUGAGCACGUCGAGAAAGAGUAUGCGGAGCAAAAGAAACAGGCACAAGAUCGUGCAUAUCAACUCGAAGGCGUUGAGAAGGCUUACCAAGAUGCGCUGCAAAAGUGUGAUUAUGACUUGAUUGCGGUAGUAAUCGAUAAAACUUGCGUCUUUCAGCUCAUUGGAUACCUUCGUGAUCACAUGGAUAUGAAGUUCAAGGAUAGGCAAUGGGACGAAAUCAGGAGAAUUAUAAACUGUUUUCAGGAAAUGCUUAUGACUCUUUAUGCAAUGACCAAAUCGCCGAACGAGGAUUAUCGUGAUGCAUCGGAUAUUGUCCAAAAUAAUUUGUAUUAUGAGGAUUCCACCCUUGAAUUGUUUCUGAAUCUUGCAAGGCAGUACAGCACCCAGUCUCAACUGUAUUUGCACACUCUGGUCAGAAUGAUCCACAUUCUUCUCAAAACUUUGGAGAGUUAUUCGAAAUCUAAGAGCCACAUGUUCAUUCUUAAGAAAAGAGCUAUUAAGAAACGCAAGGAUAAGGAAAAGAACGAUGCGGGAGUCAAAGAUAAUGAGCAUCAGCAAGCCGCAAAUGUUGGUGAUGGUAACCCAACCCAAGCACAAAGCGAGGCUCAACCCAUGCAAGAUGUCCAGCAGGAGAGUAGUCAAGCCGAAAAAGAACGUGAAAGAACAGAAGACGAUGAAGAGAACGAAGCAGAUAUCCCAACCCACACAAUGCAUGAGCACCAGUUUGUAUUCAAGGAGUUUGAAAGGAGAUUCGCAACCGAGAGUGUUAUACAUACAUAUUGUGCGUUCUUGGAAAACUUUCAUGAGUUGGAUGAGACGCAACUUCACUGGGCUGCAUCCAUGUUUCAUAGAAUGGCUGUUAAUGCAAAGAAUCCUGCGAUUUUUUACAAACUCUCGACUCUACAUCUGUUUCAUACAAUCCUCCAAAGUAACCAUCCCGAUGCGAAGAGAGAUAUGGUUCCGCUCAUUUCAUAUGUGUUGCAUCAGUUCUUCAAAAAAAUGAGAGAAUACCCUCUAUUGAUGGUAGAGGUCUUUUAUCAGAAAACAAGUAAAACUUGUUUGGACAUCAAUGUCGGUAGAGAGGAAGCUGAAAAGGCCAAGAAAGAGAUUUCGGAAAAGAGAGAGAAGAAACUAAUGGAGACAGAGCUCAAGAUAGAUCCUAACCAACCAGAGUCUGAGCAGAUCAAGAUUGCUGUUACUGCUCUACUUGAUGAAGAUGAAAGAGAACUUGUCGAAUGGGUCGUUGAGCUUCUUAAAGAUGCAGUGGCAAGGCGGCAUUUGAUGACCUUCGAUUCCGAGAGUGAGCUGGAGCAAAACCCUAGUUUGAUGCAUUCUAUUGAGAGCGUUGAGGAUAUUGCAAUCGUUCCGGAUAACCCUGCAAGGCAGCAAGCGAUCCGAAUUAUGCCUCGCUUUCGACUCUUGCUCAAUCUACUUCAAUUCAGGAAAGAAAUAGCGCUCGAUGGCAUACACUACAUUAUCCCAAAGGCCAUCCCAACUGACACGUUAUCGCAGAAUCAGGAGAUCAUUGAGUCUGUCCUUGAAGAAGAUCCCAAAAACUACAGUCAUUAUGAUUACUCUGCAUUGAUUCAAAAGAUUAAUGCAUCAGCAAAGAAGAAACCGAAGAGGCGAGAUGAAUCUGGCGAAAGAAGGGAGAGGGAGGCAGUGGUUAAGAAUCCUGUGGCGUAUCAUUCAGCGGAAUAUGUCAUUGAUUCCGAGGAUGAUGAUGAAUCGUAUUUUGAGGCCGAGAAGCGACUGAGGACACGAAUCGGUGAUGAGUUUCAAAGGGCGGAGGAGAAACAAAUGUUGAUUAAUGCAAAGAAUGAGUUACUCAAGAAUCAAAAACGAAAGAAAAAGCUCAUUCCUGAAAACGAAUCCAAAGGAAAAGGGUAUUAUGAAGUGGGAAAACAGCUGAAGGAGCGUCUUCAGGAGCAUCAUAGCACAAUGGCAAUGGGAGAACAACGGGAGCAUGAGAACAAUAUGUUGCAACAAAGACAAUACCAAGGAUCUGGGCUCUUGAGGAAUAUGACAAAGUCAAAUAAGAGAGUCUCCAUCUCACUAGCAGACGAUGAAGAUGAGGAGGAAGUUGUAGAAGAGGAGGGGGAUGAGGAAGGGAGAGUUAGUCAUCUCUUCCGAUUUAGCGAUUCGGAAGAGGAUGAUCAAGCAACACGACCUGCGCCUAAAAGUCUUAGUGAUGUCGAAAGCAACGCUGAGAGCGAUGACAAUGGCAAGACUUAUAAACUAUCGAGAGCUCUUCCACGACAGCAGUAUGGCGUCCGAAAGAGAGUAAUUCUAUCAGAUGAUAGCGACAAUGAUAAAGGCGGUAGUGAGAAUAGUGAUGGUGACAAGUCAACAAGCGCACGGACGGGGUCAUUGACACAGCGGCUGGAGGCACAGACAGCGGUAAACAAUAAAAGAAGGAUUAUCCUGGCCGACUCUGAUGUAGACGAAGACGAGGGUAUGGCUGAAGAUAGAUAUAGUGCAGGAAGGGGCGUGCUUAGUAACUUAUCAGCUUCAAAUGAUCGACCCGCAAAGAAAAAGGCAGCCAUCGAAGAUAACAAUGUCUUUUAAACAUGCAAGCAUGCACAGAC